AUUAAAAAAUACUAAUAUAUAAUAUAUAUUUUUAGUGUAAUAUAUUUUUUGAUAUUUUAUUUCAUAGAUGAUUAUCAUAAUAUAUUUUAAUAUUAUCAUAAUCAUAUAUAUAAUAUUAUUAGAUAUAUAGUAUUGAUGAUAUUAUCAUUAUAUUAUAAUAUAAUGAUGUAAAAUAUUUCUUUUUACAAUUAUUUUUUGUUAGUAACGUGUUAGAUCCUUUAGUUUACGAUCUUUUUGAUUGAUAUUUGAAUAAAUAAAAAUUUACAUUAAUCACUCUUUUACAAUUUUUUUUGGAUUAAGAUUUUUUAAAAGGAUAAUUACUAUCAAAUAUUUGUUUACAAAUAUAUUUUCUUUGUGAUUUUUGGAAAGAACAAUUAGGACUACAUAAAGUAUUGUACAAAUACUUUAGAAAAGAAAAUAAGUAAUUUUACUUUUUUGGUAUAGGAUUUGUAAAUAUGAAGAAUUCUUUAAAAUAAAAUAAAAUUACUCUUACUUUUUAAAAUAUUUUUUAUAAACUUAUCUUCGUUUUUAUUAACUUAUCUUAUAUAUUUGAUUAUUAUGAGAUAUUUUAACACAUGUCACAAUUUUAAAUAUGGUUGAUUGUGCUAGUCAAGUCAGUGUAUUUGAUUUAAAAUUUGAACUUUAAUCCCAUAAAGUUGAUCUAGGAAUAUAAUAUUUAUUGACAAAAAGAAGGAAUAUCAUAAUUCUCAUUGCUUGAAUUUUUAACUGACGUUUGUAGACUUUGAGUUUUGACCAUACCCUUAGAGAAGCUCCAAUGCAAGUUUUUUAGACAAUAUCUAAAACUUAAAAAUGAUAAAAAUAAAUAAAUAAUAAUUUUUUACAUGAAAUAGAUUAGAAUCAUGAAAUAGAUUAGAAUCGAUCCUCUGCACAACCAUUGCUAGAACCGUAUGAAAACGGAGAACCUUUGGAAAAUGACACUUGUCUUAUUUUAGUUGGUUAAAUAAAAUAAUUGUUUUAAAAUCAAAUACAUCCAAGUUUAAAAGUUGAAAUAAUCAUUUAUAUGUUAUUAAUAUUAAUUUUACUUUUUCUUGUAAAUCAUAAAAUAAAAUUACCUAUCCAACAAGAUCCAUUAUGUAUGGAUUAAAAUCAAAUAUUAAUAUUACAAAUUGAUACAAUUGAAUGAAAUUAAGUAACACUAAAAAUGAAAUACAAGAGAUGAGAUAGUUAAGGAGUAUAUCACCAUUGGAGUUGAAAAAAUCAGAUUAGUUUCUUAAUGUAUUUUCUACUUGAAUUAACACUAUUAUAUUAGUAAGAUACUUAGUGAAUAUCUCACCAUUGAGGCUGUUCUUACCAAAACGGCUAAAUGCUCAUAAAUCGAUAUAUACGAACAUUUAAACUAUAGAAUAUUAUAAGAAAUCUAACAAAGAGAAACAAAAGCAAAAAUGGAUUCUCUAACACAACUCAUAGUUAUCUUCAUGAUGACUAUGUUCAUAAGUGCAACUAUAUCUCAAGCGACGACGACCGUGGUGAUACAUAAUAAUCUUGAAGGUGGUUUAUCGCUAGGAUACCAUUGUAAAUCGGGGGAUGAUGAUCUUGGAUACAAGAGUUUGGCACCAGGUGGAUCAGGAUCCUUUGACUUUAACCCUGAUAUAUUUGGUCGUACCUUAUUUUUUUGUAGCUUCAGUUGGAAUAGUGAGUCGCAUUCUUUUGAUAUCUAUAGCCAAAAGAGAGACAAAGAAUUUGAAAAGUUUGGAUGCACACAAUGCGAAUGGAGGAUAAGCAAAAAGGGACCAUGCAAACUUAACAAAUACAGUAAAAUGUUUGAUAUUUGUUAUCCCUGGGAUGCUUAACAAACCCAUAUAAUAUCAAUAUGUAUAACUCUUACUACUGAAAACAGAAUAAUAAUAAUAAUAAAAUAUAUCUUUUAAUUAAUUUAAUAAAUAUUAUUUUAGCUAAAUAACUGAAGAAAAAAUGAUCUUUGCUGAACACUGUUUGCCGAACUUCAUUGUCUUGCAUUUUAGUUUUUUUUUUUUAUCAUAUGUAUAUCCGGCAAGUCAAGUCCCAACCGACUAAUAUCUUGGGACCUGUCUACUGGCACCAAACAGAUCCGAUCUUGCAUUUUUAGUUGGGAGAAAGAGUCACAUUAUUUUGAUUACAGAGUUUGGAUGCACAAAAUGAGAGUGGAGAAAUACAGAAAAUUGAUCUUGCAAGAUUUAGCAUGUUUGAUCUUUGCUCUUCAUGGAGUUAUUGAUGUUAGAAACAUUUAAAUUCCAUCUCUAUCUCUAUAUCUAUCUCUAUCUCUAUCUCUCACUUUUCUUUUCUUUUUCCCUCUAAGAUAAUAAAAUGACUAAACCAAAGUUGAAUACAUAUAUACGAAAUUCAGAUGAUACAAUGCAUAGGCCAAGACAUCAAAAGCGAAAAAAUAGAGGAGAAAAAAUAGUAAAAUAUCAGUAACCUUUUCUUGUCAAAGAGAGCAUAAAUCGGUCCACCAUCCACCAUCCUUCUCGGAAUCUUGUAUACAAACUACAAAGACAGAAGAAAGGAAAGAUGACAAGCGAUUGCAAACCACCCCUUUGGCUGAUUUUAACCUUUGAUGGUGUCUUCCUAAGUCGCGUUUAGAUCCUUUUACUUAAUAACAAAUUAAUUAAAAUUAAUUAAACAAAUGUUUCUACAGAGAAAUAACAAAAGACUAAGUUAUGAUUGCGUGGAAUAAACAUUGUGUAUACAAUUAUUUUUAUAUAUGUUAUUAAUUUUGUGUUUAUUUAUAUAUCAUGAAAUAAUAAAUAUAUUCAAUAAUUGAAAAUCGAGUAACUAUAUAUGUAUAUAACUAAACUGGAGUAAGCACAUAAAUCAAAAUAAUCACUUUUCUUUAUUUACAAUAAUUUUUACAGUUAAAUAUACCAAAACAAUCAUUUUAUUUAUUUUAUAUGGUAUAUAAUUUAAUUUAAAUGAUCUUGACAUGUAUAUAUAGUUUAUUUAGUAUAAAUAUUUAUUAAUUGAGACUUCCUACUCAUAUGAUUUUAUUAAAAUUUGUAUAUUUGAUGUAAGAAAAAUUAAACCACUAAUUACAUAAUUUUAAAUGUGAGAGAGUUUGAUAGUUUUAGUAAUGCAAAAUCUUUUUUAAAAAUUUAAUGUAAAUUUUGAAAUUAAAAUAUUAAGGUCUCAAUGGUUUUUCAAUGUUAAUUUCUAAAUUAACACAAUUAUGUUUUUUAUAGGGGAAAUUGCCAAAUAUGACCUACAACUUGAUUUUAAACACAAAUGUAUACUCCAACUUGAAUCAAAUGCAAAACUAACUCAAAAGGCUAGUGCAAUUACAAGUAGUUUUUUAUGACCAAACAAAAAAAAAUAGAAUGUAUUUUUACGAAUAUAACCCCUGGAAUUCUUCUGGAGGGUUUGUAAGUUUUCUAAUAUUGUAGAUCUUAAAAGUAAUUUAUACAUUUUUAAAAAAUAUUUUGAUGAGGAAAAAAUUGAAAUCAUGUAACUAUAUACAUUUGUAAAUGAUAUAAAUUAAGAUAUAGUAAAAUUGAAAAGUUUUCAACACAAAUGGGUGAAUGUAGUGAGUCAUAGUAUUCUUUGGUUUAGGAUUUGGUAACAUAUGUUGUAGUAUUGUUUGUAUUUUUAGGGUUACAUUUUGGAAGCUUAACACUUUUUUGGAAAAUUAAAAUUUGACCUACAAGUGUUUAUUUUCGUGUAUAUUAAACACUUUCAAAGUUUAUUUUAAGUUUAGUGAAGUGUUUUUUCGAUUUUCUUAUUAUUUAUGUUUAGGGUAUAAAUUUAAUGUCCAAAAAGUCUUCUGAGUGAGUAGUAUAUUUAGAGACAUAAUACUUACAGAAAGUAUUUAACCUAAAUAGAAAUUUUUGUCUCCAUAUAUAAAAAAAAUGUACAUAUUCUCUUUCUUCCUCUUUCUUCCUCUCAGAUAACUGCAACAGAAACAACAAAAAUAUAAUGAUUCUCACUAAAAAUCUCCAGCCUCUCUCUAAUCUCUUUGAACUUGAAAACAUCAAACUUUAUAUGAAUUAUUCAUUUUUCUCUCUCAUAUCACUAAUUAUCUUAUUUUUGCAAAAACGUUUAUCACAUGGUCUCAUCUUCCACUCCCUUAAAGGUAAAUCUACAAAUUUUGGAUAUCUAUUUUUUUUUGUUCUAUAAAGGUAGAUAUAUCUAAACUUCCACUCAUUUUCUAUUUUUGAAGCCAUUUGAAUGUUUUUGGAUAUGCAUGUUUUUCAGAUCUGGGUUUGGAUAUGCUUGUUUUUCAGAUAUGAGUCAGACUCUGAAGGACUUCUGAGAAGUCUUAGUCUUCUAAAAUAUAUUGUGCCAAAAGACUUCCUGGAAGUUUAUUUAUGGCAUGUUUUGUGAUUUAUGUGUGUAUUUUUUAGUUGUGAAUUCUUUUGUAAAUUUGAAGAGAUAUUAAUGAAAUUUUUAGUAAAUAGGCUCAUGUUUACAAUAUUAUCUUGCCAAAAAUACUUGAAUUUAUUGAUACAACUUCAAUAGCAAAACGAAAUAACACAAAAAAUUAAUCAAAUUUACUAAAACUAAGGGAGAAUACUUCUAAGCAAACUUAGUCAAAUUCACAAAAUAUCAAACAUUACAUAAGUUCAAACAUAUAGCAUUUUCACUAGAAGUCUUUUGGAAAGUCUUCUGGGAAAUCUUCGGAAGUCUUCCGGGAAAUCUUCAGAAGUCUUCUAGGAAUUCUUCGGAAGUCUUCCAAGAAGUCUUCGGAAGUCUUCGAGGAAGCCUUCAAAGAAGUCUUCGGAAAUCUUGGAGGAAGCUUCAAAGAAGUCUUCUCGGAAGACUUAAAUUAUAAGGGAGAAAAUAAAAUAUAAGUGGGAAAUUUAAGUUGGAAAUUAAAAUUUAGGUGGAAAACUUAAAUUUUAAGUGAAAAUUGAAAUUUUAAAUCUUAUGAAAAUUAAAAAGUAUAUCUUAUGAUCUAAGAAGACAUAUUAAACCAUAUAACUUGAUAAUAUUGAAUUUA